CUCGGGCCUGCGCGGCGGCAGCGGGGCGCGGCGCGGGCGGCGGCGGCCAUGGAGGUGCAGGUGGCGCCGCUGAGGGCCUGGGACGAUUUCUUCCCCGGCUCGGACCGCUUCGCCCGACCCGACUUCAAGGACAUCUCGAAAUGGAACAACCGAGUGGUCAACAACCUGCUCUACUACCAGACCAAUUACCUGAUGGUGGCGGCCGCUGUCGUGUCCGUCGUUGGAUUUCUGAGUCCUCUGAAUAUGCUCAUUGGCGGUACUGUGGUGGUGCUGGUGUUCAUGGGCUUCGUGUGGGUGUCACACAACAAGGAUAUAAUCCGCAGGCUGAAGAAGCAGUACCCAACCAUGUUUGUGGUGGUCGUCAUGCUAUCUAGCUACUUCUUGAUCUCCUAUCUAGGAGAUGUCAUGGUGUUCCUGUUUGGGAUCACGCUUCCUCUCUUGUUGAUGUUUGUCCAUGCUUCCCUGAGGCUCCGGAACAUAAAGAACAAGAUGGAGAACACAAUGGAAGGAAUAGGCUUGAAGAAGACCCCAAUGGGCAUCAUCCUGGAUGCUCUAGAACAGCAAGAGGAUAGUAUCAACAAACUGGCUGACUACAUAUCUAAAGUGAAGGAGUAAGCAGCUGCAACGUGUCGUUUUGACCUGUUGCAGGAGUGUAGUUGCUAUUUACUAUUGUUCAAGCUUGCUUUCAGUUUGUGUACAAAACAGGAAAUGCACGUGAUACAGAUUAAUAGUUGCAGGAUACAAAUAUUCCAAGGUCUUCUGGGCUCCUCUAAGAGCAUAAGAGCAGCAACUUUUUCCUACUGUAUAGCAAAAUGUUCUCGUGUUUACACAAAUACAUUCUAACUUAAACGUG